UGUACGACAAAUUCCACCUGCGGGUGAGCGCCCUCAAUUGGCCACCGUGGGUGACUCUGAAGAACAGGGCUAGUGAAGAGACCGAAGCUCGACUUGCGAUGACAGGUCCAAUGCCCAACAUUAUUUCAAUCUUAGCUGAACUGAUGGGCUUCAGGUACUCUGUGACAAGUCCGGAGGAUUUGCAGUGGGGCAUGGCACUACCAAAUGGCAGCUGGACAGGCAUGGUGGGCAUGUUGUUCAGAAACUCCGCAGAUUUGGCUCUGGGACCAAUCGCCAUGACGUACGACCGGUCACAAGUUUCUCGCUUCACGGCUCAAGUAACCACCGACUACUUGACCAUCUUAACGGGAUUUCCCGAAGUAGUUGAAGCUAAUAUCUUCGGAACCAUCAUGGCCUUUGAGUGGAAGGUGUGGCUUGGACUCCUAAUAUCUAUCCUGGUAUGCGUGGCAACCAACCUGUACGUGGACUGCGUCAUGGAUCCCGCGUACGCAAAGGCUGACCUUGCCAAACUACGACUUGAGCAACAUUGGUGGACCUACUUUUCCGCCAUGUUCUGCGAAUCAUCCGUAGAGACGCCGGUGUGGAUAUCGGGUCGCAUCGUGUUCGCCAUCUGGUGGUUAGCCGUUGUGGUCAUGAUGAAUGCCUUCACGGGUCACAUGAAAGCCACCAUGAUGGUGCGACCGGAACCGUUCCACAUCGAAAGCAUGCGUGACCUGGCAGAUACACCGAACAUGCGUACUCUUGUCUGGAAAGGAACCGCCUACGAAGCCCUACUUAAGAACUCCCUGGACGUGGAGGAGUACCAGAAAGUGUGGCUAAUGGUUCAGCGCAGCAACGGUACGAUUGAAACCAACUCCUUGUACAGUCAGGAGAACCUAAAGGAAGUGCAGCUGGGCCGUACAGUGAUCGUGAGCGAUGUUACCACGAUGCGGUACCACGUGUCUCGUACAUGUCGCUGGCUUCGGCACGGCAACUACCACUUCGCCCAGGAGCAGUUCUUUCCCCACAAGUUCGCCAUGGCGGUCAGGAAGGACAUUGACCUGAAGUUCAUCAAAGAACUGAACAGUCGGAUCAGCUGGCUUAAAGAGGCUGGUCUCAUCGACGCCUGGCUCAACGAACAGUACGGGGACUGGAAGGCCUGCUCCAGUGCAAGACACGAUGACGUAUACAGCGCCCUUAGCCUCUUCGAAGUACAGUCUAUCUUCCUUCUCUACGGCCUCUUCUCCGCUAUAUCUCUUUUCGUCUUCCUGCUGGAGUCGAUUGCGGGAAAGUGUACUCGCAGAAAGAGGGCACAUUAAAACAGUUCGCUGCUUCCCAAGCAGCACAAUGUAGUGAAAGUCGAGUGCAAUAGGGGUGGACGGUAUGUGUCUUAUCGAUGUUCCUUAGUUUCACGAGUCAGUUCAAGGCCUUCCACCUACCCGUCCACCCCUACUGCACCCGACUUUCAGUACAUUUUGCUGCUUGGGCUUGCUUCAUU